AUGAAUCUUCGAGAGCUAUUUCUUCGAUGUGGAAGUACGUGGGAUGAAAGGAUUAUCCCACUUCGCGCAUGCCUGAUUGAAUUAUUUCAAUCUUGGGAGAGCUUAGGGCUUCCUGGUGAGUGUCCCUACACCUUCCGGGAUGAUGAGAUUAAGAGACAUGAAACGGAGUUCAAGCAGUACGAAGAAUGGCGCAGAAUACAAGAGUUUGCCAGAGAACACUUGGACACAAACGCAGAGGGGUGGAUAUCACUAGAAGAAGACUUUGAAGAAAAGUACGAGCAGAACAAAGCUCUCUUCGAAAUUCUAAGCUACGAGCAAUGUGGCCGUUCUCAAAUCACAUCCUGGGUCUUUCCCAUUGCACCAAAAGUAUCAAUCAUAAUACGUUCUGUUGGACACGCUGAGCGGGGUCUAGGACCAUCAUUGCUGAGUUUGUCACAUACAGCUCUUACGGCAAUUUUCUCUUUGCCUGGCCUUCAAGGUCAGCCCAAAGUGCUUCGGGCUCACCACAACACAUUUUUGACGUUCAGGCACCAUAAACAGUGGUACUACAAUACAUACAAGAAGCGAAGAUGCUUCGUCUAG